AUGCCUCACCGUUUGCUUGGCAACUCGGGGCUCAUGGUCUCCAACCUUGCGCUUGGAAGUUGGAUGUGGGCCGAUGACAAGUACACGCCCGAGCGCUGGUACGAGAUGAUGAAGGUUGCGUUUAAGCACGGGGUGAACUUUUUCGACAACGCGGAGACGUACGGCAAUGGUCAGGCGGAUCGCAACAUGGGGGCGGCGAUAAAAAUGGGUAUCGCAGAUGGCAUUUGGAGUCGCGAGGAUCUCGUGGUUACCGCGAAGGUGUUCGGUGGCUCGAAGGGCUGGUUCGCAGGCGGUCCGAACGACCAAGGCGCGAGUCGUAAGCACGUCAUUGAGGGCACCAAGGCAUCGCUGGCGAGGCUGCAGCUCGAUUACGUCGACGUCAUCUUCUGCCACCGAUCCGAGACCUACACCCCCAUCGAGGAAACUGUUCGCGCCAUGAACUUCGUGAUCGAGCAAGGGUGGGCGUUCUACUGGGGUACAAGCCAGUGGUUUGCGGCUGACAUCAUUGAGGCGUGCGAGGUUGAUCGUUUGGUCCUUAUUCGUCCCGUUGUAGAGCAGCCGGAGUACAAUUUGCUGGAGCGCAGUAAGGUGGAGCUCGAGUUCGCACCCCUUAUCGAGAAGUACGGACCGGGUCUCUCAACGUGGUCACCUCUCUCCUUUGGCACGCUUACGGGUAAGUACAGUGCCGGCACUCCAGACGGCUCCAGAUUGGACAUGUCGGGUCUGAAGGGGGCCAUUCCGGACUUUGAAGAGCGUGUGAUCAAAGCUGACCGUCUGAAGCCCGUGGCCGAGGAACUGGGCUGCUCCAUGGCUCAACUCGCUAUCGCCUGGUGCGUCUCCAACGACAAGGUGUCCACCGUGAUGAUUGGGGCUAGCUCUCCCGCUCAGUUAGAGCAGAACCUGAAGGCGUUGGACGUUGUCAGCAAGAUUUCACCUAAGCUCAAGGCCAAGAUUGAAGCUCUUGUCCCGCUGCAGGCAAAGGUCCCGUCGCCGGACCCGCUAUCGGGUGUUCGAGGACGCCACCUGUAA